AUGACUCCAAUCGACCCGGGAGCUUCAUCUAUCAGCGUCGCAGUUCGGGUGCGACCAUUCACCAUCAGAGAAGCUGCGCAGCUGCACCGAAACGACGAUGGCAACAUAUUCCUCGGAGACGGCUCUUUGGCUGGUGCUCCAACACCGAAACUCAAACAGAGCGGCAUUCGAUCCGUCAUCAAGGUCAUCGACGACAAAUGCCUAGUGUUCGAUCCCCCCGAAGACAACCCCGUCCACAAGUUCUCGAGAUCUGUCGUACCGAAUGGAAAGAGAGUCAAAGACCAGACCUUCGCCUUCGACCGGGUAUUCGACGACAACACAUCACAAACAGAAGUCUACGAAGCGACAACCAAGAACCUGUUGGAUAGUGUCCUCGAUGGCUACAAUGCGACCGUAUUUGCAUAUGGCGCCACAGGAUGCGGCAAGACGCAUACAAUCACGGGCACAACGCAAAUGCCAGGCAUUAUCUUUCUCACGAUGCAGGAACUCUUCGAGAAGAUCGGCGACCGCAGCGACGAGAAGCACACCGAGAUCACCUUGUCGUAUCUGGAGAUCUACAACGAGACCAUUCGGGAUCUGCUGGUCCCCGGCGGCAGCAAACAGGGUUUGAUGCUCCGCGAGGAUUCCAAUCAGGCCGUCACCGUAUCUGGUCUUACCAGCCUUCAUCCCAAUAACGUCCAGGAGGUCAUGGACAUGAUCGUCAGAGGAAAUGAAUACCGAACCGUGUCACCGACCGACGCCAACGCGACAUCGUCACGAUCGCACGCUGUCCUGCAGAUCAAUGUCGCUCAGAAGGACCGGAACGCAGCCGUCAACGAGCCUCAUACCAUGGCCACUCUGAGCAUUAUCGACCUUGCGGGCAGCGAAAGGGCCAGUGCCACGAAGAACCGCGGAGAUCGUUUGAUCGAGGGCGCGAAUAUCAACAAAUCGCUUCUUGCUUUGGGCAGCUGCAUCAAUGCGCUUUGCGACGCCCGGAAGAAGACCCAUGUGCCUUACCGCAACAGCAAACUGACGCGUCUCCUCAAGUUCUCCCUUGGCGGCAACUGCAAGACGGUCAUGAUUGUUUGUGUCAGUCCGUCGAGCGCCCACUUCGAUGAGACUCAAAACACCCUUCGAUACGCCAACAGAGCCAAGAACAUUCAGACCAAGGUGACGCGAAAUGUCUUCAACGUCAACCGCCACGUCAAGGACUUCUUGGUCAAGAUCGACGAGCAGAUGGCCAUGAUCAACGAGCUCAAGGCGCAACAGAAGGAUGCAGAGGAGAUCUUUUGUGCUAAAUUUCGAAAGCAACAAGACAAGAGGGAAGCUUCCGCACGCGAGGGUACCCAGAGGAUCCGCACUGCCUACGAGAACUCUUUACCCGAACGGCAAGACAAGGUAGAGCACAUGAAGAAGUUGCGUGGCAUAGAGCGGCGGAUCGGGUUAUUGUCUUCCUGGAUCGCGGCAUUUGACUCCGUCUGCGACACGAGGGAUGAUGACGAUGCUAUGCCCUCGAAUGUGGCAACCAUGCGAAAGACAGCACAGGGCAUCCUCUUGGAGCUCGAGAACAGCCGGCAUCACCUUCAUCAGAAAUUGGACAAGACGAACUGGGAGCGCGCUAUUGACGGAGCUCUUCAGCACAGUAUAAGCCAACUACCUGGGGAUCGUCAUGCCGACACGGGCGAGAUUGCGGGUUUGACGAGGGAAGCAGAACUCCUCAAGUCCAAUUUUGCGCGAGAAGCCUACAGGGAUGUGCUGGAGCAAGACAAGGCCGGAGACGCCGGAAUCAUGCAGAUUCUGCUUACCGCGCAGUUCGAGAUACUGGCAUCGCUGUCGGAGACGAUGAACAUGAGCGGGGGCGAGGCAGUAGCCCACGCCAAGAACAUCAUCCACCGUCUGCUGGAGACCGGCUAUACGGCCACCGCGCAGGUGGUGAAGCCUGACGGAGCAAAGAUGCCACUUGAGGCGUUCGCACCAACCAAGCGUGGAACACCAAAACGAAAGAGGAUGUCGAACAUGCCGGGAGGUGCCGUGAAGCCUAUUCCCAACCCAGCUCUGGCGGCUGUCGCAGCAGCGUCUCAGCCGCCCCAGAUGUUCUUGUCUCCCAUAAAGGGGUCCCCACGAAGACGCAAAGCGCUUAACGCGCGCAAGGGUGUCUCGUUCACGCCUAAGAAGAAGUCGCCCUCGAAGCGGGUGGUGCGAUGGCGUGAUGACGACGGCGAGUCGGGCACGUUGGCCGACUUUGAGAAGACGCCGCAGAAGUUUGCCAUGACACCCGAGCAAAGCUCGCCGGAGAAGCCCAUGCCCAAGAUUCCCGAGAUCCCGUCGUAUCUGAACAACGACUCCGCCGACGAUUCGAGUCCCUCGCUUCUUGCACCCGAGGCGGCAAGCCUGCCAGCAUCGAAACCUAACCGGUUUCAAGCAGGCUUCCUGGCUAAAGGGCGACCUUCGCAGGGUAACGGCUCGCCAAUACCGCCGGCCAUGUCUCUAAACAUCGCAUCUUCAUCCGACGCGGAAGACCGAACAAGCCCGCUGCGAAACCUGGACUUGUCGCGCACUGCUAAUGUUAGGGCGCCAGGCAAGCGCCACUCCUCGAUCAGCCCUCGUCCGGCUUCGUCGUCGUUCUUUUCUUAUGUGCCUCAGCCAACGAUGUCAAUCUCCACGGACGAGAACCACCCACCGUCUUCCGACUCGGAGUCGUCGUCGCUGAUUGACGCGUCGAAGCUCCGCUCGGCGAUCCACGCACAGCACAAGAAACCUAGGCGAAUCUCGUCGCUCGCCAACGUCAGCUCGACCGCUUCGAACGCCAGGCGCGUCUCGUCGAUCGGAUCGGUGAGCGGCAAUGUGCAUAAGCCGAGCCACAACCACUCUGGCCCGCUGUCUUCGAGCACUAACGGCAUAUCCAGGCUCCGACGCGGAAGUGCGGAACGACGUAGGAGUCCUCCGAUCAACUGCUCGCCGCCCGAGGCCCGAGAGUCCAAGGCCUUCACCUCCGGACAAGCCAGACGCAUGAACCUGGGCGGCUCCGUGAGGGCUGGGCUGGGCAGUCCUGGUGAGAGCAGAGACCGCGGCGGCGACAACGGGCAGGGGCGGCGCAUCACUAUCGGCGGUGCGGCCAUGGCCGGCGGCAGCGCACGCAAGGAGAGGAGCGGUGUCAUCUGGCGGUGA